CGCGCCUGUGUGCUGUAUUUCCGGAAAGAGAUAAACAAACGGGCAACAGAUCUCAACAGCAUUACAAAAGAGAAGGAAACUGAUUAGAAUUAGCGGUUGCAAUGUGAGAGAUUAGAAAUGGAUGGAGUUUCUUUUGGUCAGGAAAAGUCUUUAAUGAAUGGUCUUUGGUCUUUAGUGUGAAAUAUCUGCCACAGUUGUCUAUCAUCAAUGGAAAAGGUGUGACAGAAGGCGGAAACGGACAUCAACGGUUGCUAGCGAUUAGCGUGGAGAAUUUAAGGCAAUUUUUUUUAUCAGAUUAGAUUACAAGUCUGGAUGGUACAUACAUGACUUGCUGCCUCGUGAACCUCGCAGCUUCAGUGUUUGCUGAUCCUGACUCGGAGAUUAGUCCAUAGACCAUAUGGUUUUAUGAAUCUCCAAGCUCCGAGGCGGAAAAUUUCAUCCAGUGGGAUAAUCGCACCAGAAAAAAAAAUCAAUUUUCUCCUGUAGGAUUUCCUCAUCUUGUCACCAUUGUUAAGGGUUAUAGAUUGUUGAAAUCAAAAGACCAGUGAUGGAGUAUUUCUAUAGAAUAGCAGGACAUCAACAGCAUCAUUGGAAGUAAUGAGUUUAAGAAAGUAAUUUUCAUCAAAGAGCAAAUAAGAAGAGGAAACCAUAGUGAUGGGCUAAAUCAAAGAUGGAGAUGUUUGGGAAAACGAUUGAAUCAGGGAAUUUCUUUCAAGAGACACACAUGUUUAUUGUUGAUAUACAAUGCUAUUAAAAAUUUUCUUGAAUUGAAAGCCUGAAAAAAAAAAGAAAUUCAAAAUGGCAGAAAAACCUGAAUUUACAGGUAUUAACCCACACAAGGAGAAUAAGGGUAAAUCAGUUCAUGUACGCAGUGUCAAGGUGGCGCCUUUGGAUCCAACCCAAGGGUCUCCCUCUGUGCUUGGCCAAAAAUCUGCUUGGGACACAGUGAGAGCCCGGUACAGAACAGGCAAAGGACCGUCGACCGAAACGCAAGUCAAACCUUUCAGUGACCUUGAAAAUGAAUCAGAUCGGACGGCAAACUGUCCGAAUAUUUCCACUGUCUCACAAGUGUUCCGAUCCAAAAGAUUUUCUGAUCCGAAGUUGGAGAGAUUAUAUCAGAGAUAUUUUUUCAAACUCAACCAGAACAAUUUGACGAUUCUCAUGGGCGUUUUAAGCGUGAUAAGUGUUCUUCUGAUUAUAUUUUACUAUGUCAGCGGUGCCACCCUCCCGGCCCGCGGAAUUAACCUGGGCAUUAUUUUCUUUGCGUUGAUCGUGCUACAGGUGGUGUGUAACAAGGGCUCCUUCGACCAGCAGCAGAUGGUCAUUGUGUCCUACAUCAUCCUCGCCCUUGUCUGCGGAAUCACGAUUCUGAUCACACUGGACAGCGACCCCCGGACGGUCAGUGACGGAGUGUGGUGCACCAUGAUUUUCAUUUAUUUGAUCUACACAAUGCUGCCAAUCAGAAUGAGGCUUUCGGUCCUUUCGGGAGUCAUCGUGUCUAUGAUUCAUUUAGGAUGUACUUUACGACGAAACUUUGGGGAUUCGUUUUUAUGGAAACAACUGCUGAGUAAUGUUCUAAUUUUCAUCGCUGUCAACACUGCCGGGAUUUUUACCCACUAUCCUACUGAGCAGGCUCAAAGACAGGCGUUUCUCGAGACGAGACGCUGUAUUGAGGCUCGACUCACGACUCAGAGAGAAAACCAGGAACAGGAAAGACUAUUAUUGUCUGUAUUACCGAGGCAUGUUGCCAUGGAAAUGAAGGCUGAUAUUGCUGGCAACACAAAGGACACCAUGUUUCACAAGAUCUACAUUCAGAGACACGAAAAUGUCAGCAUCCUGUUUGCUGACAUGUGUGGCUUCACCCAGCUCUCCUCCCAGUGUACGGCCCAGGAGCUGGUACAGCUUCUAAAUGAACUGUUUGCCCGUUUCGAUCGCUUGGCCGCUGACAACUACUGUCUGAGGAUCAAGAUCCUGGGCGACUGUUACUACUGCGUGAGCGGUCUCCCUGAGCCCCGCCCGGACCACGCCCAGUGCUGUGUGGAGAUGGGACUAGACAUGAUUGAUGCUAUAUCACUGGUGAGGAAUGUGACCGGGGUGGAUGUAAACAUGAGGGUGGGGAUACACAGUGGGCGUGUCCAUUGUGGGGUCAUUGGUCUGCGGAAAUGGCAGUUUGAUGUCUGGUCAAACGACGUUACACUUGCAAAUAACAUGGAGGCUGGAGGAGUACCAGGACGGGUACACAUCACCAAGGAGACAUUACACUGUCUCCAUGGAGACUAUGAAGUGGAGCCAGGUAAUGGAGCGGAGAGGAAUGCAUUCAUUAAGGAGAACAAGAUUGAGACGUUUCUGAUCGUAGCAGACCCCGACAAAGCAAGGGAAAAGCCCAAAACCUUGCCCAACAUGAGAAGUAGGAACUCUUUAGCUGUACAUGGGACGUCCAAGGACAUGAAACUGAUGGGGUAUAAUAACGACAGGAACGCAAACAUCCACAAUAAAUUGGGUUUUGGAGAUAACAUGGAAGUAAAGGACCCUGAUGAAGAGGUCAAUGAAUAUCUAGGUCGCGCCAUUGAUGCCCGCAGUAUUGACCGCCUGCGUUCUGAGCAUGUCAACGUCUUUCCUCUCAAAUUCUUGAAGCCUGAUUUGGAAGAAAAGUUCCACAAAGUGCGAGACUCCAUGUUUGUGUCCCAUCUAGCCUGUAACCUUCUGUUGCUCAUACUAAUCUGUGCCAUUCAGCUUCUUAUUAUACCCCAUUCCAUGGUAAUGUCUGUACUUUUCCCCUUCACGAUCACCAUCAACGCUUUCUGUUUCCUGCUGGUGUUCAGCGAGAAGUUCACAUGUUCUCCACGGUCGAUACGGCGGACAGCCUCCUUGAUCACCUCAAACAAAUGGCUGAAUCAGCUGGUCUAUAUCCUGGCUGUUCUGUGUCUCUACGCUAGUGCCUUCACAGCUAUCGUUGUGCUUGAUACCAACAGCCUGACUUCCUGUCUACAGUCAUUGUUUAACACCAACAGGUUCAACAUCACCCUCAUCAGUCUGGCCAACAUCUCCAUGGGAACAGAGGUCAAUGCCUGUCACCCCUCUGUAGCUACCUCACACUUCCCAGAGUACUUUAGUUUCUGUGUGGUGCUCUCCAUGAUUUCCUGUGCUGUGUUUGUCCACAACAACAGCCUACUGAAGAUUAUGCUACUGAGCCUGAUGUCCAUCACCUACCUGAUUGUGGCUCAAGUCUUCUUCAUCGCCAUCUUUGAUAACAGGGACAUCUUGGUGCGAUAUAAUGUUGGGAGGAACUUGGAGGAGAAAGGCUCAUCAAUCGCCCUGAAGUGGGAGACAAUCAUUCUGUUUAUUGUUCUGACCAUCGUGCUCUCGAUCCACGCGCAGCAAGUGGAAUCCACUGCCCGACUAGACUUCCUGUGGAAAAUUCAGGCCACUGAAGAAAAAGAGGAAAUGGAGAGUUUGAGAGCCUAUAACUUGCGACUUCUUGCCAACAUUUUGCCUCUCAAUGUGGCUGAGCACUUCCUGAAAAAUCAGUUCAAGAAAGAUGAGGAGAUGUAUUACCAAGACUGUGACAAUGCCUGUAUCAUGUUUGCCUCCAUCGCGAACUUUUCGGAGUUUUAUAUGGAGCUGGAGGGAAAUAAUGAGGGAGUGGAAUGUCUUCGUUUACUUAAUGAAAUCAUCGCUGAUUAUGACGAGAUUUUGGGAGAGGAGAGAUUCCGCUGUAUAGAGAAAAUCAAAACCAUAGGUUACACCUACAUGGGGGCCUCUGGCCUGACCCCCGAGACCAACUACUCGGACAUGAGUCACGUAGUUGCUAUGGCAGAGUUUGCCUUUUCAAUCCGAGAACUGCUUCAGAAUGUUAACCAACACUCAUUCAACAACUUCAAGAUGAGAGUAGGUAUGAAUGUUGGUCCAGUGGUGGCGGGUGUAAUCGGAGCACGAAAACCUCACUAUGAUAUCUGGGGCAACAGCGUCAAUGUGGCCAGCAGAAUGGAUAGCACCGGGGUACCAGAUUACAUACAAGUGACUUCUGAAGUUUAUAACAUCCUAUCAGUGAAAGGUUAUAUGAUGCAGUGUAGAGGGAUGGUCAAGGUCAAAGGGAAAGGGGACAUGUUGACCUACUUUUUAGUUGGUCGACCUCAACACCCACCAACCUCAAUUCAAGAAACUUUGUCCCACACCAAGUCAAACAAUGAAAGGUCAUAGUUCAAAUGUGCGGACAGAAACAAUCCAGGUGAAAUGGAAGGUCAGAGUUCAAAGGUGAAGGCUAAGGUAAUGUGAUAAGAUUAUGUUUAGUGACUGUGAUAUAUAAAGAAUAGUUAAUAACUAUUCAAAGUAUGUGAGCUGACCAACUGUACAGAAGAUACCUGUGUAUCCAGUUGAUAUUGAAGGACUUAUUCAUAUAGUGCAUCGUGUGAUAAAUGACUUGCUCUAAAUAUUAAAGAGAGAAGUUACUCAAGCUGAACUGUCUAAAAGAAUGAUAUCAACUAUGAAUUGAAAUAUGAAAAUAGCUUGAUAUCAUUAAAGGCUAGAAUCCUAUGGUAAAUGGUUUGAUAUCUAGAGUAUGCAGGAUAAAUGUCUGGGAUUUAGAUCCUGAUACAUGAUUCAGUGUGAGUACAUAAUUAGAUGUGUAUUUGCUAUCUUGUAAAACAGGAUAUUUGAUAUUUAAUAGUUAUUAUCAGAUAAAGGACAGUGUGGUGUAUUGUUCCGUGAUACAAGCUUGUAAGACUGUAAAGUUCUUCUAAAUGAAGAAUUUCCUUCUCAUAUCAUGUGUGCACAAAUUGAUUUAUGUCAAUAAAAACUUUAAUCAAAAACUUGAUAUCAUGACAGCUGAUCUGAUUUGGAAGACUCCUUGAUUUAUAUAUUAUUUUAUAGGGCUGCGUUUUACCAAAAAACUUACGACUUACGACCAAAUUAAUUUUAUAAAUGUUCAUUAUAUGGUAUGAGUUGUUACCAGUAGGAUUUACUAACAAGAAUUUAAAUUAUUUGAUAUAGAAUGCUUCGAACUUUUCCUAUUUAUACUCAUUCCAUGAGACUUAAAAGAUUUAUGACCUUUAUGUAAGUUUUUUUUUUUUGUAAAAUGCAGUCCAGAAGUGUGGAGACAGUGUUUACUUGUGAUAUCUGAUAUCUGACCUUACUGCAGUCUGUGAGAUUCCUGAUAAUGCUGUGACAGUGUGAUAUCUGUCAGAUAUCUUAAUUUAUAUUAUUUAUUUAUUUAAUAGUAUAUAAUUUACAAAGCUAGUAAUUUGAGUGGUUUCAAUUUUUUUUAUAUCUUUGGUUCAGUAUAGCUGUUUUCUGAUUUUUACAUAAAUGAUGUAUUCAUUAAUUUAUUUCAAGAAACGUACACUGUCGACAAUAUGAUUAUACUUUAUAUAUACAUAUCUUAAUAUCUUUUGAUUUAUUUGUUUGAUGUGGAAAGAUCUCGGGGGGGGGGGGGGGGGGGGUGAUUAAAAUUCACUAUAUUUAAUGCUUAACAUACAGUUGCUCAAUCAAUUAGUUCAAAGUUCAUUACUCCUUAGCAAAAAUACUGUGACUUGAUGAAUGAGAUGUUUCAUAUAAAUUGAAUUCAGAUACUUCAUACCAUUCAAUAUAAACAUUUAGAGCUCUUUUUUAUCGAAAUCAUGGAGUAAAACUAUUUCCUGAUGAUAUUUAAAACAAGUAAUUUAAAGGUAUUUUUAAUCUGUAUUAAAGUGUUCUGUAUAAUUAAGAAAAUGUUUAAACUUUGUACUCUUUGGGUUUAACAUUAGUUUUGUUCUGCAUUUCAUGAUAUUUGCAUUCUGUAAUUAUUUCCGUCCAAACCCUUACCAUAAAAAAAUAACUGAUAAAUCCGGUUUGCCUAAAAACUCCUAACAAUCUGUGUUUGACUAUCUUUUCUUUUGUAUAUUAUUGUCAGUAUUUUGAAAUGUAAUACUAUGCUUUUAGGGCUGCUCUCCGAUAUACAUGUAAUUUUUCUCUGUUAACCAUACCUUCUCUCAUCAGACUUUAUUUAUGUCAAUUUUUUCCAUGUGUUAGGGUGGGGUGUUUAAAGUUUUAUUUGAAAACUGGCGGUAAUAUAGACGACUAUUACAUUUAAUUUUGAGCAGCAUUUCUUUCAAAUAACAUAAAUUACAAAAAUUAGUGAGAAAUGGGCUCUUUUUGUCUUGUAAGCUACAUGUAGCAUUAAAUUUGUAAUAGAAAAAAAUAAUACGUUCAGCGACUCAUGUGUAACAGAAAUAGUAUGUGACACGUAAAACUGUGGUAUACCUUGUGGUACUCUUACCAGGUAUUUACGUUAUAGACUCGUUAAUACUGUUCAAAGUCUUUCAUUGAACUUUUUUCUCAUGUAUGAAAUAUUCUGUUGUGUAACAUUAUCUGUUUUACGAUGUGAUCUCGUUAAUACUAUUAUUAUUAAACAUGUUUAAAUUGUA